AGCAUCAACUAGGAAAAAUUGAUCAUAAUAUUUUCUGAUCGUACAUAUUGUUUUGUUUUUCUUAACUCAUCAUUAUUUUACCAAUUAAAACAGAAAGUGGACAAUUCUUAUUGUUUUAAAAGCUAUUUUACAAACAAGUUCUUAAAAGUUUGUACACUGUGUGAACCCAUGAUGGGGUCAGGAGCAUUUGUAAAAGCAACGUGUCUGUUCUUUUGGGCCACAUACGUCGGUGCUGUUAUCAAUUAUAACCCGGUGCUUAAUGUGCAAGACUGCUGUGAGUUAACUGAUAUUAAACCGAAAGACUGCACAGAACUGCAAGACGCCAAGAGUCAGUCGGGUAUCUACACAAUAUAACCCGACCGCGCAAUGCCAAAAGGUUUAACGUUAGCUGCGAUAUGGACGUUGACGGUGGCGGGUGGACGGUGAUCCAGAGCCGUGUCUCGGACAAAGACUUCUACAAGACGUGGAGCGAGUAUCCAACGGGUUUUGGUGAUCUAGCUUACAACUUCUGGCUCGGAAACCAAAAUAUUUCUAUGAUCACUUCGCAGGGCUGGUACGAACUCAGAAUUGACCUGAUGGCUACAAAUGGAAGCAUGCGCUACGCCAAUUACGAAGUAUUUUCGGUGGAUGAUGCACAAAGCGAGUACACUUUGUUUGUCGACGGUAACUCUGGAAAUGCUAAUGAUGGUAUGGCUCACCACAAUGGAAUGAAGUUUUCUACAAAGGAUCGAGAUAACGAUAAUAAUACCGCUAAUUGUGCUGAGUCGUACAAAGGUGCCAAGUGGUACAACGGUUGUCAUGAUUCUAAUCUUAACGGAAACUUUGGAGACACGGAAUUUGGUCAAGGCAUUAACUGGUAACAUUGGCUCGGGAAUAAAGUUUCUCUUUUGAAAGCCGAUAUGAAAAUAAGGCGUCAAAUUUAAUAUUGACACAGUUUAAACGCCACAAGAUUACAACAUUUUCCCACUACAUUACACGCAGAAGACAUAUAAAUUCUGAUUAAAUUACCUCAAGAAUGCGGAGAAUCAGUGAGAAGUGUUUUGUUUUUUUCUAUCAUGAGCAUACAUGUUAAACAAUUAAUCUUACUCCAGUGUCACAGUUAAUAUAUCAUUUCCGAAAUAUACCUGAAAAAAGCUUUCGAGUAGUUGGAUAUAGAUUUUAUCUCUUUUCUUGUUUGUGAAUUUUUUGUUUUUGGGUUCUAUGUCUUUGGCGUUUACCUUGUGCCAUUAAACGGGGAUUAUGUCUAAACCUUUGGCGUCUGAGCUUGUUUCUGUAGUUUUUCACAUAGGUAUUGUAACCUUUCAUUUGCCUAUUAUAUAUUUUCAUCUUAGAGAACAACUGACAUUUUGUACGGUUCUCUGUUUUAUAUCCGAAUGAUUUUCUUCGACUUGAGUGUUAUAAUAUCUAAGCUGUCGACUAGAAUGUAAAGACCACAUAAUGUUUUUGCCAUGACGCUACUUUGAACGGGGAUUUAAUGCGAUACGGAACAUGGUCAAGGCAUAAACUUGGAAUAUUGACUAUGGAUUUUUAUCUCUUUUGUUUGGGUUGAUGUGAAAAUUAUGUGUACUAUUUAAUAUUGACGCAUCUUAAACGCACACGGUUGCAAAGCUAUUUCCCAAAGCAUUAAACACAGAAGACAAGGUAUUAAUUUAACAAGUGUUUUUGUUUCGUUGUAAGACAAGACCUUAAAGGAAUUCGUUCAACAUUUUUAAAUUUUGUUAAAACACUUUUGCAGCAAAAUAGAGCGUUUUGUGCAACAUUUUUCAAUAAACACGUAAUGUCAACAAUAAACUUAUGAUUUUGUUUUAUCAUUGUUACAAGCAUAUUUUUUCAAAUAUCACACGAAAUAAU